AAUUGGAAAAUCUUUGACGCUGGUUGAGUUGGUCGUCGCCAAAAACAUAUACACAUUGCCGGCAUUCCAGAUUGACCUCUAAAUCUACCACCCCAACUUCUUGAUCCGCCAUUUUUUUAAAUUUCAAGCUGCUCCAAACCUAAUUUAUUCUCUCUCUAGGACUCACGACACUAUAAUUUAUCAUGGGCAACAGCUCAUCCAUGCUCACUCAGUACGACAUUGAAGAGGUCCAAGAACACUGCAACAACACCUUUUCCCAGCAGGAGAUAGUUUCACUAUACCAGAGGUUCUGCCAGCUGGACAGGAACGGAGGCGGCUUCAUCUCCGCCGAUGAGUUUAUGACUGUGCCUGAAUUUGCAGUCAAUCCCCUCUCCCAGAGACUGUUAAGGAUGCUGGAUGGGCUAAAUUUCAAGGAAUUUGUAUUAUUUCUAUCUGCCUUUAGUUCUCGAGCAAGCUUGCAGCUGAAAGUUGAAUUUAUUUUUAAGGUUUACGAUUCUGAUGGUAACGGAAAGGUUAGUUUCAAUGAUGUUCUGGACAUAUUGCGGGAUUUAACAGGUCAAUUUAUAGCUGAACAUCAGAGAGAGCACGUUCUUACCCAAGUUCUUGAGGAAGCAGGCUACACAAAAGAUUCUCUAUUAGUUCCAGCUGAUUUCAUGAAGAUCCUGGGAAGUUCUGAUUUGAAGAUGGAAGUUGAAGUUCCAGUAGAUUAGAGAUGAGAAACGAUAUUUUUCAACUUAUUUAUCUGUGGAAUUUAUGUUCAUGACAUUUGAUCCAUCAUGUUUUAAGACACUUACCUGCAGAUUCGACGUUGUCUACUUCGUGCUACAACUCUUGGAUGCUUGAUUGUUCUUGUUACAAAUAUUUAUAUAAAAUAUCAAAGUUCCGUUGGUUUGAAA